AGAAAAAGGUUCCGCAUAGCCACUUUUUGGGACUACAAAUUGAUUAGCAUCCUCCCUCACUUCUUCCCAUGCCAAUGCUCAUCACUUACAUUUUCUCCUCUUCUCUUCUCCCUCACACUCACUUCCUUCCAAUAUAAAACCUCACACUACAACACUUAUACUUCUUUUCUCACCCCUCACACCACUACAAAACAGAGGCCUCUGUUCCCCUCUUAAUCCACUUUUUCCUUUUCUAACCCUUCAAAAAUCUCCGCAACCCAUCGCCGCCACAUGGCUGCAAUUGUGUGCCACGGAUUGCAGUCACACCUCGACUCCCAACUCGCUGAGUCAAUAUCACUCAAACUCAGACUCCCUUCCUCAAAACCACCUCCUCCUCAAUUCUUCAAAUCCUCUUUAUGGGAUUCAAAUUCAAACUCAAACUCAAACUCAAACUCAAACUCAAACUCAACCUUCAAACCCCACACCCAAGAAAACAACAACUCCACCACACCUUCUAACUCCACCUCUUGGACCUUCCUCGAAGCACUCUCCAACGUCUCAAAACACCCAUCGCAGGACCAAACCACCUACGUCCACCCUCAGCAGAAACGCUCCUCGCUCAGCCUCAGCCCACGGAGUCUCCAGCUCUGCACUGAAAACCUCGGAAACGAAAGCGGCAGUGACAGCGAUGAGAGCAGCAUUGACAUGCUCUCUGCGGUGAACACUUAUUCGGGGACAAGGGAACAAACCCAAGAGGGGCAAACUCGUCAACUUUCGACAGCGAGGAAAGCGAAAGCGCAGAAUUUUCCGCCCCCUUUGACGACGAUAAGAGGAUCGGAGCCUCUUCGCGUGAGACCCCACCGUGAAAACGGCAGGCUGGUGAUUGAGGUCACCAAGGUCCCACCUAGUCCCUUGUGCUUUCGAGCUGAAAGAAGCCAUGGCCGACUUCGCCUCUGCUUUUUGACAAACCACACUCCAAGUUUUGACCCGGAAGAAGAAGAUGACGCAGAAGAAAACGAAGAGUUAACCAAUGAAAAAGAAUUGGAAAACGAAAUCGUUGGACAAGUAAAAGAUACCCAAGAAGAUGACGAGGAAACAGAGGAAGAAAAAACCGGGGACGAAAAAGAAGAAGUGGACGAGGAGGACUUGGAAGAGGAAUGUGCUGCAUGUGGGUGUGUGGAGAGUGAUGUUAUUGUAGAAAAGUACGAGAGGCUGAGAAGGUGCAGAGUAGGUGGUGACCACGAGAACAAUGAAUUGUUAAAUUGGAGUGACUCACUUUGUGUGGUUACUUCCUAAAGCUAGUUAGCUACCUGCUGCUGCCACUCCAACCUUGAGAUUUUUGUGUCUCUAAUUAAUAAAAACUUUACAUUUGUCCUUUUCCUAA